AUGUCCGGCGCAGUCGUAAUUCUUUCGUCCUCCCCUCCACAAACAUUCGCCCGCUCUCCCACCCCCGAUGACACUCUAUCUCCAUUGCGGUCACCACGUGCCCUUUACACACUCAAUCCGGCCGAUGCAGAACAUUUUAAGGACUCCAGACGGACUAGAGACGGGUUCUCGAGCGGUUACAGCAGUGCACGUACCUUGCUCACAAGGGUUACCGCUGAGAACAUCCCUAUCCGGUCUCAGCCAAAAGAUGGACUCAAGACCAAAAUCUUACAGCAUUCUGAAGAUCUUACCGGAAAACCACUCAAAGCAGCAAAGCCUGCCGAAAAGAAGAAACAAACUCUAGCAGAGGAGCGAUCCAAACAUUUCAAGUCCACACAGUCGCCUCCUCCAAUGCCGCUCCCAAGCCACGGGGGCUCGCAGGCGACCAGAGCGCAUGAUAUACAACCCUCAGGGACAGAAACGAAGUGUAUCGGAAACGAGGGCAACUCAAAUGAACGCGAAAGCCUCAUCGACUUAUAUUCCAGCCCCCUGUCCUUAGAGAAGGCCAUUCCGAGGCGCAUGGAUUGGACACCUGUCAAGCCGACUGCGCAUGCCUUGGAGACACAACAUUCUGAAGAUCGAGUAGUGGGAUUUACCAAUGAUCUCAUGGACUUUUAUGCCUAUGCCCCCUGUGCUACAACGGCUGUUGGGACAACUACAACAACUGACGCAAAUGAAACGCGGCUGAUUAGGAGAAGAAUCGACCUUGUCAUGACCACAGAGGCAAAACCUUCACCAUCCCCGUACAACCCGCAACCUUACAAAGACCUGGUGAGAUGUGACAAAGUCGGAAGGGCAAAGCCCGCACCCAAAAAGCCUCUCACAAUCACGGGACUGGCCACUUCGAACUACAAUGACGGCCGACGGAUCGAUAAGAAGUUACCGCCUAUGCUGGAAUAUCUUACAGCAACACAAGUUGGUGCAAACACCGAAGGAGACUCCACCAUUGAGACCAGUUCGAAAACCACGAAAUCAAAAACUACAAACAAGAAAGCACGGCCAACCAAGAAAGCAGCGGCCAAAACUCGAUUGAAAUCUCCUACGUCCGCAAUAAAGACCACUCUGGAGCAACCGUUUCUUUUUGGCCCAGCGAGUCAAUUGGCUCGGGACGAAUCGCCUACACUGACGCGGGAUACGGUGGAAGCACUGAGGCGCUCGGAAUGCUUCUCUUCUGACCCCAUAUCACCAUCGUUGACACAACCCGCUUCGAUUGAGUCAGCUUCACCUAUCUUCUGUCGUGGUACGAGCCGAUUUGUGAAAAGAAGGAACUUGUGGGCUGCGGCUGGUCGAGACGAAGAUAAUGCUUUGCUGCAGGUCGACUGUGUCGACCUUACUGAUUCACCUGCUGUUCGCCUAGCUCUUGCCGGAAAAGACGUCCUUGUUCAGCCUGUCGACCGGGACCACCCAGAGGCAAACACUUUCGAGAAUGAUGUACCAAUACUUACCAAAGCGUCAUUUCCCAAAGUUGGAGAAGCCGGGUCUCUGGUCGACAUCGACGAUCUUGUCACGCCCAGCCGUCCAACACCUAUCCAUACGCCUGCACAAACAGGAGUCAGGCUAUAUCAUACGUCCCGAGCACUCAAGCAGCCGCAGAAGGGAGCCGAUAUUCAUCACAAGGACGACAAGUUACAUACGAAAAUAAAGGAUGUUGCAGCGAAACUAAAGCCAUCUAUGCCAUCCUACGUGGGAUUCUCCGAUCACGAACUUAAGAAACAGAUAUCUGCGUACGGCUUUAAAGCUGUUAAGAAGCGAGAGGCGAUGAUCGAGCUUCUCGAACGAUGUUGGGAAAGCAAACAUGGUCAGCAGCAGGAACAUGAUGGUGACAAUGCCUCCGAUGAUGUGAUGACCCACGCCGAUUUACUCAGUAAGAUUCACGACGUCUCCACUAGACCAGCUCCAAAAGUCAAGAAGCCUCGCGCGAAACGAAAAUCCGAAUCCGACGACACAAACAAGACUAAGGAGCCGAAGAAGAGGAAGAAGGUAGCAACCGAACAAAAUGGUCCUGCCCAAAAGGGAGGGAAAGGCUCUCGGAAACGCAUGUCAAAGGCGCCGACGGAUGAGAAAGUUGUGGACGUUGAUGAUUUGGAUGAUGCUCAUCAGCAAAACAUCGGAGGCCACAAUCAGGGAAUCUCUCGGGCACAGGAACAGACAGCGACCCCGAGACUUGAGACUGGAGAUGCAACUCAGAGACUCAUCACACCACCACUAACGGUGCCGCAACCAAGUUGCACUUCUUCGCAAGGUCGCGAACCUUCCCGUGCUCAGGGCGCAGACCCAGACUCCAAACUGGACAGAUGUCCAGUUGGAGGUCUUAGCCUUACGCCUCAAGACACUCCUACACCAGACAUUCUGUCACAGAUACAUGCUGCUAUCUAUCACCGUCCAGAGACUCGGUCACUUAACGAGAAUCCUCGAAACCAUCAAAUAUCGCCAACCUGGCACGAAAAGAUUCUCAUGUACGAUCCGAUUGUGCUGGAGGAGCUUACGGUCUGGUUGAAUACAGAAGGCUUUAAGGCAAUAGGAGAAGAUCGCGAAGAGGAUGGAGAGGUAGGGGUCGCCGACAGGAUGCUGACUGAAGCACUUUUCACUGAAUAG